AUGGAACCGGUAAAAUUGACAGCGAUAGACGCGUUCGUUUAUGGUUUGCCUGACGAGCUUGCAAGAGCGGUCGACGCACGCGAUCCUAAGACGCUGAAAGACGCGGUAGACAUCGCCGUUCGAGCUGAAAAUCGGCAAAGACAUCGUCCGUCAGGAUCUCGGGACUAUUAUCGUCCUACAUACGAAUCGCGACAAGAUACUUAUGAUGACUAUCGUUCGCGUUAUCGAAGUCCGGAUCGUGAUAGGUCGUACCCUCCGCGAUAUAACAGCUUUUCGCCAACAAGGCGUGAACAAUCGCCGGAGCGCGCAAAUUUCGGGUCACCGAUCAGAGACGCGGGUAGGACGCGUGAAUUUAGAAAUUCGAGUCCGAUAAGAACGUUUCGGGCAGAUUCGCCCGCUAGAUCGUCACAACAUCACUGUUUAGGCUGCCGUUGUGCAGGAAGAUCGCCCACAAGGCGGGAGUCUCCUGAACCGCGUCGAAACAUCGAAUAUCGUAGACCGCGUACACCGCCGUUGGAGGAACCAGUACCAGGGCCCUCACGUGAACGACUAAGGUCGCCGUCACCUGACCAUCGCGACAAUUUAAACUUCGAUGCGACUCGCCAGACGGACGCGACGACGAGUCAGACUCAGCAAAAGCGUAAGAAAAAGGUUCAAUUCCAGAAGAAACGGUCCUUGUGA